UCUGCUCGUAUAAAAGUCGGUAUCUCGGUAGAUUAACCAAACAGUGUGAGAGCGAGGCUUUGUGCUGUUUAUCCGGAGCUUCUCGACAUACGUGCAUUCACCAAAAACCGAAUUUUUCAUCACUUCCAUACCGCAUGUCGAUUCUGCUCGAUUCCCCGGCGAGUGAGAGACUCCAAAACAUGGACACCGAGACAAAGAAACGGGCACCGUUGAGCCAAGCAAGCCUGAAGUCUCGGCUGCACUGCAGAUCAUUUCAAGGCUCGAGCACGAGAGGGAUUUGUUUCGAAGAGGUUUCCCAGUGGUCUCACUCCCUCGAGAAACUCAUCGCAUCGAAAUAUGGAACGAAGGUAUUCCAGGCCUUCCUGAAGUCGGAAUUCAGCGACGAAAACAUGGAGUUUUGGUUGGUGUGUGAGGAAUACAAGAAGAUCCGAUCCUCCUUCGGGAUGAAAUCCAAGGCGAAAAAAAUCUUUCAACAUUACAUCCAGGCUGAGGCUCCCCGAGAGAUUAACAUCGAUCACAAAACCAGAGAGCUGAUCAGGCGAAACGUGAAGACGGCCGGCGCCUGGUGCUUUGAUGACGCUCAAAGGAUCGUAUACGGGCUCAUGGAGAGAGAUUCUUACCCGCGCUUCCUCAGGUCUGACGUCUAUCGGGCUUUUCUGGACUCCAUCUGACUCGGCGAAGACGGGAAUACGCAUAUCCUCGUAUUCCAUAUGUUUGGAUUUUAAGCGAAAUGCUUCUCUGCCUGGGAGGAGGUGAACAUGCUCACUAUGUGAGGACCAAACACGAGUGGCCUCUUUUUACCCCUAAAGCAGAUGAAAAGCGCUUGUAAGCCGGAGUCACACAUCUCCCGUGAUGUAUUCAACAAUAUUUGAUAAAUGCAUACGCCAAUCGUCAAACCAACGAAAAGAAACAACCACAUCACUGCGGGGGUGUAAAAAGAUCUACCAAGUGAUAAGGUGGAAACAAACCAAAUCCGCACUUGUGUCAUGGUGUUGACCGUGAUGGCACCUGCCGUACUAUUAGGUACAAGCUGAAUGAGUUGUAGUUCACUUUUUGGAAGACUUUAGUCCCGACACAGGCGCCCUAUGGUGUGACGUUGGCGUUUUCCCAACACUCUACGGCAUUCUUAAGACAGGAAGUCAAAUUGUGGACAGAAUUUUUGCGCAUGUUUUUCAACGCUGUGCUAAAGAACGCCGCUGCAUCACAUUGUUUGUAUACGUCCAUUUUCUUAGCCACUUAUCCUCACAAGGGUCAGAGGAGUGCUGGAGCCUAUCCCAGCUGUCAACGGGCAGGAGGCGGGCGGGGUACACCCUGAACUGGUUGCCAGCCAAUCGUAGGCCACAAACACCCGCACUCACAAUCACAAUUAGGGGAAAUUUGGAGUGUCCAAUUAAUAUUGCAUGGUUUUUUUUUUUGUGAUGGGGUGGGGGGGGGGGGGUGGCCGAGUGCCCGGAGGAAACCUUCACAGCCACGGGGAGAACAUGCAAACUAAGAUGGAUGAAGACAACGCCUUCGUGCCACCCAAGUUUAUAUAUAUAUACACAUGAAAUAUUUGUAUGACUACCUUAUCUUUCUAUUUAAUUUCCAUCAAAAUGAAGCAUUAUUCUCUGUGUAAAAAGGGAUAAUAUUUGCUCUUGUAGUGGCUCUUAUUACAUUUUGUAAGACGCACUAUUUAAAUGACUGGCAUGUUUUUUGAGAUUUUUAAAUGCAUUUUAGGGUUUUGACAUUUAUCUUUGAUUUCCUAAAUUUUUAUUCAGUUAUUGUUACUCUGCAAAUCCUUUUGAAUAAACGAGAUAAUGGAUGUAAGUUUUUUUCUA